UUUAUUUGCUGUAGCAACUACACAGUCUGAUUUAUAUACAAGCUUCACUAGAGUAGAAACAAUACAUUUCAAUGGCUGCCUUGUUGUCUGAAAAUUUUGAGGAUGAAGAGCUUAAAAUGCAGGAGGCUUGUGGGAUAUUUGGGUGCGUAGCUGCUGGUGAUUGGCCAACACAACUUGACGUUGCGCAUAUUAUUCACCUGGGAUUAAUCGGACUGCAGCACAGGGGUCAAGAGAGUGCCGGUAUUGUGACCUACAACUCUGAAAAUAAGGAAUUCCGGAAGCAUAAAGGAAUGGGAAUGGUGAAUUCCAUCUUUAAACAGGACGCCCUGCUCCGAAUACAAGGCGAGAUUGGAAUUGGGCAUACACGGUACUCUACGGCUGGAGCAUCAUCGCUGAUCAAUUGCCAACCAUUUGAUGUUGAUACAAUUCAUGGAAGAAUCGCAGUUGCCCACAAUGGAGAGUUGGUCAACAAAGCUUCAUUGAGAAAGCAGGUAUUAGAACAUGGUGUUGGGUUGUCGACUGGCUCUGAUUCUGAGGUCAUUACACAACUGUUGACCUCGUCCCCACCAGAAGGCGAGCCAAAUGGUCCGAACUGGACUGCCAGAAUUCGUCAGAUGAUGAGGAAAACACCCACAGCAUACUCGCUGCUCAUAAUGCAUGGAAGCUCUAUGUAUGCAGUUCGGGAUCCAUAUGGAAACAGGCCUCUCUGUAUUGGCCGUCUGACCAGUGGCGCAACUGCAGAGGAAAAAGAUGUAGAUAUUGAAACAGAAGGAUGGGUAGUGUCAUCCGAAUCCUGUUGUUUCCAGUCUGUAGGUGCAAGGUACUUCCGUGAAGUUGUUCCGGGUGAAAUAGUUCGCCUGUCUAAAGAAGGUAUCAAGUCAAUGGCGAUUGUUGAUCGACUUGGGGAGGCACCACCUGCCUUUUGCAUUUUUGAAUACAUCUAUUUUUCACGUUCAGACACAAUCUAUGAAGGUCAAAUGGUUUAUUCAGUGCGGAGGCGCUGCGGCCAGCAGUUGGCACGUGAGGUGCCAGUAGAUGCGGACCUCGUCAGCACAGUUCCGGAAUCGGCAACACCUGCUGCUAUUGGCUUUGCUCAAGAGACUGGAAUUCCAUACACAGAGGUCUUAUGCAAGAACCGGUAUGUUGGACGUACGUUUAUCCAGCCUAGUAAUCGGUUACGGCAGCUGGGUGUCGCUAAGAAGUUUGGUCCACUUGUAGAUAACUUCAAGGGCAAGAGAAUCAUCCUCAUUGAUGACUCGGUUGUCAGGGGCAACACAAUUGGACCAAUAAUAAAGAUGUUAAAAGCGGCUGGUGCUAAGGAGGUGCAUAUUCGUGUAGCCUCACCACCAGUGAAGCAUCCUUGCUACAUGGGCAUCAACAUUCCCACAAGAGAGGAACUAAUUGCCAAUCGUAUGGACACAGAACAGCUUGCAAAACAUUUCGGGGCGGAGAGCAUCAAGUACUUAUCUGUAAAUGGCCUCGUAUCUGCCGUUAUGAAAGGUAUCAAGGAUAACAAUAAAGAGAGCGAGAACUCAAAGUCAAGACAUUGCACGGCAUGUCUUACCGGCGACUAUCCUGUGAGCCUCGAGUGGUAAUAUCGUAUGAAUGUGCUAAGCCUUAAGUGGUAAAAUGAUGUGUAAUAGGCGAACUCAAGUAGCCUUGUAUCUUUUUUCAUAUCUGGUAUCUGUCAUAAACAAAUAGACAUGCUAAAAUGACCAAUUUUUAAAGGUAUUUUUAUAUUUAUCUGUCAUUUUUUCUUGUGGAAUGUGUUGCACAUGAUGGUAUGUUUACUUCUAUUUAAUUGCUUAAUAUUUUUGUAUUUUUAUUGUAUUUUGACAUAUGUCGUAGAUGGAGCACACAUGAUAUAUUGCAAAAUUGAGCGAAAAAACUAUCGAAUAUAAGGGACUGAAGGCCAUUGUAUCAUAUUUUAUCCACAAGCUUAUCCUUGUGCUAAUAAUAGUUAGUAUAACAAUUAUAAUUUAAUAAAUUACAAUAAUAAUACGGUAAUAUA